AUGGUGUCUUUACUUGAUCGUGUUAUUCUUAAAGCUUAUUGGCGGUUAUUACCAAUUAUAUUUCUAUCAUAUAUCAUUGCAUAUGUUGAUCGAAAUAAUGUUUCAUUAGCUAAACUUAAAAUGGUUGACGAUUUGCCGUCAUUUCGAUAUCGAACUGAAAGUAUUUUUGCAUAUGGUCAAGUAGCCUUUUUUAUCGGAUAUUUACUUCUUGAAAUUCCUGGUACAUUAUUAGUUGAAAGAUGGAGUGCUCGUAAAUGGAUAUGUCGUAUUAUGAUUACUUGGGGUAUUUUAGCAUCAUUGACAGCAAUUGUUAAACAACCAUGGCAUUUCUAUUUACUUCGAUUCUUACUUGGUCUUGCUGAAGCUGGCUUUUUUCCAGGUGUUAUUGUCUAUUUAACUCAUUGGUUUCCAGGAAAAGCAAGAGCACGAGCGCUUUCUCUAUUUCUUAUCGCUACACCUAUCGCUCAAUUUGUUAGUCCAAAAAUUUCCUAUUAUAUUCUUCGUAUGGGUACCAUAGAGAAUGGUAUCUAUUAUAGAACAUUAUUUAAACUUAAAGGUUGGCAAUGGAUGUAUAUAGCUUGGGGUGUACCAUCAGUGAUACUCGGUAUCAUUGUUCUAUUUUUUCUAACUGAUCGACCAAAAGAUGCUACUUGGUUAAGUAGAGAAGAACGUGAAGUAUUAGAAACAGAAUUAUCAAUUGAAUUAGAACGUCAACAGUCUAUUGGUGGUCACUUAACAGUACUACAAGCUUUACGUCAAAUUAAAGUACUUCUUCUUGCUAUUGCUUAUUUUUUUAUUGUAACAGGUAAUUAUGGCGUAGAACUUUUCUUACCAACGAUUCUUCGUGAUUGGUAUCAUUUAAAUGACUCUCGUUUGACAUGGUUAUUAAUGAUUCCACCAUUAGGUUCUCUUUUUGGAAUGUUAAUAGUUGGAUUUAGUUCAGAUCGAACUAAAGAACGACGUUUUCAUGCUGCUAUACCUAUUCUUAUUGGAGCAAUAGGUCUUGGUUUAACAUUAAUUCGACAUCAACCAUUAAUUACAAUAAUUAUUCUUUUUACAAUAACAUCAAUUGGUACGAAAGCUUAUUUACCAGCAUUUUGGUCAUUGCCAAGUUUAUUUCUAAGUGAAUCGGCUGCUGCUGGUUCCAUUGGUUUUAUUAAUUCAAUUGGUAAUCUUGGUGGUGGUGUAGGACCGACUAUAUUAGGUGUUAUCAAAGAUCGUACUGGUUCAUUUUUUCUUGGUAUUCUAUCUCUCUCAAUAUCAAUGGCUAUAACAGCUGUAAUUAUUAUGACUCUUCGUUUCGAUCGACGUUAUCAAACCUCAACUCCUAAAAAUACUCAACAAUUAUCGACUCCAGAUAUCGAUCAUAGAUUAAUAGAAAAAACAACAGAGAUUAAAGAACUAACUCAGUUCUAA